UUUCCUUUUCACGAAAGCCAAAGUUUGUCUCCGCAAUCAACAAAGAUGAGAUCUUUACCUUCUUCCUCUUCGUCUUACUCACUAGCUUCAACGAGUCUGAGCAAUAGACUUGAAACCGUCUUUAGGAAAGCAGAACAGCUCUCGAUUCUGUGUCAAAUUGAUGUGUGCGUUAUCUACUACGGACCUAAAGGAGACCUAAAAACGUUUCCAAACGAUAAAGAUAAAGUGAGAAACAUGGCUAUGAGGUACAUUCAAUUGAACGAAGCCUUGAGAAACAAAAAACGGGUGAAUCUUUCUGAGUUCCUGAAAGACAAGGGUGGUUUGGAGAAUCCGAACAAGAGGAGGAAGACGUGUCCGAAGGACAAGGGUUUGGAUGUAUUGAUUCAGGACAAGGGUUUGGAUGUAUUAAUUCAGUCGUUGGAACUAAAUAUCUCUACAUUCCAAGAAAGGGUUCGAUUUCUUGAAUCAUCAUCAUCCUCCUCAUCCUCUCAGAAUCAUCAGACCCAAUCUUUGAACCCUAACCCUAGACAGUUCUCGCUCUUUAUGUAUAAUCAUCGAGAUAAUACUCUCUCUCAGAUCCCACUCUCUGAUUAUGAUCGCAUGAGUGACAUCACCAACAACAGUUUUCAACAUCCUUGUUACUCGGGGGUACAAGACUCUGUAAACAACUUUGGGAUGAAUCAGUUGAUGCACAAGGAGUUUUAUGGCUAUGAUCACAACAUGUGUAGUAUGGAUAGCAUCAACAGAAACAGCUUUCAACAUCCUUGCGAAGAGAAUUACUCGGCAGUACAAGAAUCUGUGGAUAACUCCGGGUUGAUGCAGCAUGAAGUUUAUGGUUAUGAUCAAAACUUGUGUACGAGUAAUUUUACCUACAGAAACGUUCCACAGCCUAGUUUCUCAAAUCCAGUCUGAUAUUUCUAGAAAACUGUCAAUGGUGGAGCAUGAAGUAGUACAAUUAUGAAGCUGUGUAUGCAUUGCAUCGGUGUCUAUUUGUUAGUACGAGGA